AUGGCAAAGACAAAGGUCGUUGUGACGCGUCAGCUCAUAGACGAGGCCCAGACGCUUCUGGAUGAGAGGAAGUACAGUCUGGAGAUUGUGCAAUGGCGGUCGGAAAAGCCGUGUGACCGGUCGUGGCUCCUACAAAAUGUCAAAGGCGCCAGCGGUAUGCUAGUGAUGCUCAGCGACAAGGUCGAUGAGGAGCUUCUGGAAGCUGCCGGGCCUCAGCUGAAAACCAUUGCCUCUUUCUCUGUCGGGACCGAUCACGUGGACCGAGAUGCAUUGAAGAAACGCAACAUCCGUCUGGGUUACACCCCUACAUGCUUGACCGAUGCUGUAGCAGAUCUCACCAUCAUGCUUAUCCUAAUGGCGCAAAGACGAGGCGGAGAGUCAAUGUCCAAAGUCGCCAAAGGCGAAUGGCCACAGAUGCCGUGGCAUCCGCUGCUCAUGACUGGUCCCCAGAUCCGAGGGUCGACGGUGGGAUUCCUGGGCUUUGGCAGAAUCGCCCAAGCCUCGCUGCAAAGGCUGUUGCCCUUUGGUAUCAAGCGCGUGAUUUACCUCACUUCCAAGCCUGGGCAGCCCGUCAAAGAAGACCAUUUCGGCUUACUCACAAACCCCAGCAUCCCCAUUGAGCCCGCCGCCAGCGUCGAUCAACUUGCCCAGGAAAGCGACGUUGUCAUUGUCGGAUGUGCUUUGACCCCGUCGACCAAGCACCUGGUCAGCACUGACUUCUUCGCAAAGAUGAAGAAGCUGUCCGUCGUUGUCAACAUCGCGCGUGGGCCCAUCAUCGACACCAAUGCCCUGGUCAAGGCGCUGGAAGAAGAGCAGAUUUUCGGUGCAGGCUUGGAUGUGAUAGAGAACGAGCCCAACAUUGCGGCCGAUCACCCCAUCUUGAAGCAGCCAAGGGCUGUUCUCGUACCGCAUAUUGGAAGCGCUACCAUUGAGACGCGUUUGCAGAUGGCGACGGAAAGCGUGCAGAAUCUGCUGGCGGGACUGACGGGAGAGAAGAUGAUCAAUGAGUUGCAGCUUUGAGCUAUGGUUGUGCUCAAGAGUGGUAUACAAAGACUUGGAUGACGUGUUAUCCUAGGCGAAAUUCGCGUUCGUGCAGUAAAAUAACGUGGUCA